AUGUAUAGUUUGUUUCGCCACCGACCACCGACGAUGCUCGCACGAGCCCAGCCCACGACGCCCAAGAGCGCGUCCAUCAUUACAAAGAAGAUUCCAGGCGUUGACGUCGAAGCCUUCUUGCACUCGCCCCGUGAAUCCUUGAGUAUUGACACCACGCCCGCCGAGGAAGAAGACUGUGACCACCCGGGCUGCAAAGGCUGCCAAGCGCUACUCACCGAGAACCAACUACUCCGGGAGCUACUCCUGCGCACGUCUACUGACGCGCAGCAGAUCAUCAACGCAUUCGAGAAGCAAAGCGACUUUCAGCGCCUUCGGUUCGAGACUGUCCUCAAGCCCAAAGGCCCUGCGCGCAACGCCAGCAUCAGCUCGCCAACGAAGCAAACCAAAGCCCCAGGACAGCUGUCGCUGCCAAUGACGCCCGACAUCUUCCGCAAGCUCUCGACUCCGGCGGCGCAGGAACUUGUCAAGGUUCACCCCGAAUUCAAGGAGCUCUACGACGUCGCAACGACGUGCAAGGGGAGUCUUUUCGAGCGCAUUGUAAACUCGGACAUGUUCACCGACGACCAAAAGAAGAAGCAGCUCCAGCUCUCAACGAUGCGGCAGCUGGAACUCAACACGCUUGAUAUCCAAGCCAAGUCGCCGCGCCCAAGCAAGCGCGAGAGCCAAAGCAGUGGGCAAAAGAGCCCACAGCGCCUCCCCAUCUCGCCCGAGGCUGCCGGCGACGACUACUUCAAGCUCUCCAACGACUUUGUCGCGUCCCUGCGCCAAUAAUGAUACCCGCGCGUUGACUUUGCACACGACUACUUCAUUAUUCAACUCCAAUAGUCCUGUUGACACGACUCGACCCGUUAAUUAAACACUUCACAUUGUGUUGAACCUAA